GGCAGUGGAAGGCAGCCUGAAAAGAUGUGGCAAGAUCCUGCUUCAUCCUCGUCCUCCUUGCUUCAGUCCCUCUCUAUUCCUCUUCUUCCAGAAGGAAUAACACUACUUACUUCUACAUGACCAGCUGCGUUUGGUCUGGACGUGUUUUGUGAAGGCGGGACAUAGUGAGGGACCGCGUGACCAACGGACCCAAACAUCCAAACACAUAUUCAAAGCAAGAGAGAGAGAGAGAGAGAGAGAGAGAGAGAGAGAGAGAGAGAGAGAGAGAGAGAGAGAGAGGUCGAGCUUCGAGCGAACUGGAUGCUCAAGUCUGAACUCAACGUGGGUGUACCCCUCCCCGCUGCUAAUCAGCCGACAACUUCGCUGGGAAACUCCACUCACUUCGGCUUUCUCGGUAAUUACUACACACGUUGCACGUUCGGUCGAGGAAAGCGUGCGGGUUCGACUCUAGUGAACUCAGCUUGUAGUAGUUUUAUGCCCUCAUCCUCUCUUCCCCUUCCUUUCCCCCUCCUCCGGCAGCUCGGUGUACUUGAGAGGGGAACUCUCCUUCCCUCUGCAACCCUUUUCAACCUCUUCCGGUGUCCCUUUUCCUUUGCCCUGUCGUGCUGCCAUCCCUUUUCCCCCCCGCCUCUCUCUUCUCCCUUUCUGCAAUCUUUCGGCGAUCCGACAGCUGUCCAAGAAUCGGUGAGUCAGUCUGAACGUCACAUCACCCAGUACGUCGUUUAUGCCAAGCUAGUCGCCUCCGUCGCCCUGUUUCUCUGCAGCACAUGAGAUUGAUUGAUUAAAUCAGACUGGUGGCGGGACAUCGUGUUUCUGUCGGUAUUGUCCUGACCUGUUUGUUCAGGCGGGCAGGGCACUGUCGCGACGCCUCUGUAGGGGGAGGCUGCCGAAUGGAGAGCCGAUGACGACGGUUGUCAUAGCAGCAGGGCUGUGACCGGAGUUGUCACGGCAGCUUCUUUGCAGACGAGUAGUAAUAGUGGGAGGAGGAGGAGGAGGAGGAGGAGAGAAUGCCUGCAGCGCAUCCUUGCCUUAUAUCUUAGCUUUCGACGAUUGACAGAGGUGGCUGAACAAUCUGCGAGUCUGGUUGUGAGCCGCGUGAGAACCGGCUGCAGUGCCAUUUCCACGCCUGAAGCGGCGCCGACACAAACGUCGGCUGAACGGAGUGUCAAGGAAGACGAAACUCAGGCGAUCUUUCCGUUGGCGAUGUACUCGAGAAUACCGUAGGGUCUCUUCGCGAACUGGUGGAAGUGUAAUUAACUGGACGCGACUUUCUCCGUGCUACCUAGUGCGUUUGAUCCCUUUGCUUCCAACGGCCCGUCGAGAAGAGGGAGGAAGAGGAGGGAUGAAUGAGAGGGAGGAAAGAGAGGGCAGGGGCGCGCUUCGCGUUGGCAGAGAAGGAACAGGAACGGGCAUGCCUUUGGCUGCGGAAGCUCGCAGUCACGUUGCGGUGUUGAAGCAGGCAGUGGGGCCGAGCGAGGAGUGGCGCGUAGCGGCGCGCAAGGCCGCGCACGCGCUGGCGGAGCUUGCGAAGCGCGAUGAGUACGUGGACACGAUCGUUGAGGAGGGUGCUGUGGAGGCUCUUGUCAUGCACCUAUCCCCUCCGUCAGUCUGCGAGGAAGAAGAUGUUGGCGGUGGGGUCAGCAGCUCCUGUCGUGCUGUUGUGGCGUGCGAGCACGAGGUUGAGAAAGAUGCAGCGUAUGCCAUCGGUCUUCUUGCGGUCAAGCCGGAGUACCAGCGCAUGAUAGCGGACGCAUGCGCGCUCCCCGCGCUCGUUGCGCUGCUGAAACGGCGGGGGACGGCGGCUAACUGGCGGACAGUGAACGGCGUUCUCCGCCGCUCGGCUGACGCCAUCACCAACCUCGCGCACGAGAACGCCUCCAUCAAAAGCCGCGUUCGCAACGAAGGUGGCAUUCCCCCGCUGGUGGAGCUGUUAGAGCUGGACGACCGCAAGGUCCAGCGGGCGGCGGCGGGCGCGCUCCGCACUCUGGCCUUUAAGAACGACGCCAACAAAAAUCAGAUCGUGGAGUGCGGCGCGCUGCCCACGUUGGUAUUCAUGCUCCGCUCGGAGGACUCCGGUAUCCACUAUGAGGCCGUUGGCGUGAUCGGCAAUCUCGUGCACAGCUCGGCGAGCAUCAAGCGGCGGGUGUUGGACGCGGGCGCGCUGCAGCCCGUGAUUGGUCUGCUAAGCUCGCGCUGCCCGGAAAGCCAGAGGGAGGCGGCGCUUCUGCUGGGCCAGUUCGCGACGACGGAGCAGGAGAAAGUGCGCAUAGUGCAGAGGGGGGCGGUCAGACCUCUGAUCAAAAUGCUAGAGGCGCCAGAUCUUCAGCUCAAGGAGAUGGCGGCUUUCGCGCUCGGAAGACUGGCGCAGAACCUGGACAAUCAGGCGGGCAUCGUGCACGACGGCGGGCAUAAGCCUUUGCUGGAGCUGCUCUGCUCUCGCAACGGAUCGCUCCAGCACAACGCCGCGUUUGCCCUCUACGGGCUCGCCGACAACGAGGACAACGUGGCGGAUAUAGUGAAGGAGGGCGGCGUGCAGCGCCUCCGCGACGGCGAGUUUAUCGUUGCCGCGUCCAAGGAGUGCGUGCAGAAGACCCUCACUCGACUCAAGGACAAAGUGCAGGGCCGCGUGUUGACCCAUCUCUUGGGCAUGCUCCACUCCUCCGACAAGACCAUUCAGCGCAGGACGGCCUCCGCCCUCGCCCACCUGUGCAGGGAAGACGACCAAAGGGUCAUUUUCAUUGAUAACGGCGGUCUUGAGAUUCUCUUGGAACUCUAUGCCUGCACUUCAAACGCCAAACUGCACAAAGAAGGCGCUUCCGCGCUUUUCACGCUCGCUAGCAAGGCUGCUCCCCGCACGCCCGUCGACUCCGCCCCUCCCCCCCCCACGCCGCAGAUUUACCUCGGAGAACAGUAUGUCAAUAGCCCCACACUCUCUGAUGUGGUGUUCUUAGUCGAGGGCACCAAGUUCUAUGCUCACCGCAUCGCGUUGCUGGCGUCGUCCGACACUUUCCGGGCCAUGUUCGACGGCGGGUACAAGGAGAAGGAGGCGAAGGACAUCGAGAUCCCGGAUAUCAAGCUGGACGUGUUCCACUCGAUGAUGAAGUGCAUUUACACGGGGAACGUGGAUGUGACGCCGGAUAUCGCGCAGGACCUGUUGCGAGUAGCAGACCAGUAUUUGCUGGACGGAUUGAAGCGGCAUUGUGAAUACGAAAUUGCGCAGCACCUGACGGUGGAGAACGUGGCCAGCGUGUACGAUCUGGCGGAGGCAUACCAUGCGCGCAGUCUGCAGGACACGUGUGUUGUCUUCGUGCUAGAGCAUCAGGCCCAGCUCUGUGACACAGCGGGAUACCCCGCGCUUGUACAGAAGAUCAUUCCAGACAUCAGAGGGUACAUGAACCGGAUCUUACGGCCGCGAUCGGGAUCGUCGCAAGAUUCGGCAGCUGCAGCAGCAGCGAGCACCCCUCCCCAAUCCCAACGAUGCGCCAUGAUGUCGUGAUGAUAAUGGUCAUCAGCUUGAUCUAUGAUGAUUCAUCAUAAUCAUCAUGAUUGAUACUCUAUGACCUCUACUUCUCCCUUUUUCCCGCGUUCUUAUUCUGGGUUAUUCUGCAAAGCUUGGCGUGGUCUGGUCUUAUCCCUCGCCGUCGGAUAGGACUCCUGACCAAGAGAGAGAGAGAGAGAGAGAGAGAGAGAGAGAGAGAGAGAGAGAGAGAGAGAGAGAGAGAAGGGGAGAGAGGAGGCGAAAUAUCUAUUGUCUCUCUGGCGAAUCUCUCUCAAGUUGUCGUUUAGACAAUUUGCUCCCACCGUUUUACUUUUUGAGCACGCGUUUUCCGCGCACCUAUUUCAUUCUUCUGUCGCAUCUGACGACCCUUCAGCCUCCGUUUUCUGGGCGCACUCCCCUUGCUUGCCUCCCUUCCUUCCUCCCUCCUCUCUCUCUCUCUCUUGCUAUUUCCCUCCCUCUCUCCCUCCUCUCUCCAUUUCUCGGGCUUUCUUUUCCUAUUUUUUGUUGAACAUUCUCGGCGCUCUCCGGGCCCGUCAUCAUCCCGCACGGUCUGAGUCAGCUUCUCAGAUGCACGGCAGCAAUACUGUGGCAAAAUUCGGGACCGAUGAUGGAUGGGGGGAUUGCCAGCCAGAUAUUCCUCUCCUUUCGCUCUCUCUUUCUCAGUUUCUUUCCCGCCAGAUAGUCCUCUCCUUUCGCUCUCUUUCUCUGUUUCUUUCCCGCCCCCCCCCCGCCCCUCCCCCCCUUCCCUCUCUCUCUCUCUUUUCUCUCUCUGUGCUUGCCUUACGUCCGCGUUUGUCUUCUUGAUUUUCGUUCCUCUUGUUUGUGGUUGAUGCGCGUAUGCGCAUUUUUAUUCAUAUGAAGGCUUUCGAGCGACCGGCUGGAGGAGAGGAGAACCCGCAGGGGAUGGGUCCUCUUUGUGGAAUGUGCAUGAGAUUGUCCCUCCCGGUUUCUCCCUUUGCCCUGAGGUGUGUUUUCUCACCUAUUCGUCUCUUCCUCACAUUAUCCUAUCCACGAAGAAAUGUUGUUUUGCACUGAACUGGUUACCUUCCUUCCUUUGUCACCACCUUCAUACGAAGAGCACCUGCCUCUUUCUCUUCCCUUCCCUUAUUGUGUGGUUUGCAUCACUACUCCCUCCUCCCGCAUCUCUCUCUCUCUUUCUCUCUUUCUCUCUCUGUUUGUUCCGUCUAACUGAUCAAAUAGUUUAUCCUCCUUUUUAGCCUCACACGAAGAGCACCUGCUUC